GAAUUUGCGGUGUCGUUGAUGAUUGGCCAGGUGGGUUCACUCUACGCCCUCCUCACGCCAGUACUUCAUGAAAUCACAACAAGUCCCCGUGGUCUGCUGCGUCGGUAUAUUAACCAGUCCAGGGCUGUUUGUAAUUACAGCUUACUUACUUUUUACCGUGAAGGCAUUCUUAAACAGUCUGAGUGUUUCGUAGCUACCCGCAACGGAAAAUCUGACUUAGGCUUAACGAGGACAGUAGACAUUAAGUUAUUAACAGGCUCUAGAAGGAGACUGUUAGCUAGUUUUUAUAAGUUGGUAUCUGCGUAAACUCAGUCGUAUCGUGUUCCAGCGACCUUAGCCCCACUGGAGUCCACAGCUGUGGACCGCCCUGGCAGGAUGUUUCCACUGGACUCCCCGUGGAACAUCUCUUUCGCAGGCUGCGGCUUCCUCGGUAUCUACCACAUUGGCGUGGCUAGCUGCCUGCAGGAGCAGGCUCCCUUUCUGGUCCAGAACGCCCGGCACAUAUACGGUGCAUCUGCUGGAGCUCUCACCGCCACUGCUCUGGUCACUGGAGUAUGUCUCGGAGAGGCUGGUGCAAGCAUCAUCGAGGUUGCCAAAGAUGCGAGAAAGCGGUUCCUCGGGCCGAUGCAUCCUUCCUUUAACCUGGUGAAGAUCGUGCGACACAUGCUGCAAAGCACUCUGCCAGCUGAUAGCCACCAUCAUGCCAGUGGGCGGCUGGGAAUCUCUCUCACCCGAGUUACAGACGGAGAAAACGUCCUGGUGACCCAGUUCAACAACAAGGAGGAAGUGGUGCAGGCAUGUGUCUGCAGUGCCUACAUCCCAGUGUACUGUGGCAUCAUUCCUCCUACACUGCAAGGAGUACGAUAUGUUGACGGAGGAAUCUCAGACAACCUCCCUCAGUAUGAGCUAAAAAACACCAUCACCGUGUCCCCGUUCUCAGGAGAGAGCGACAUCUGCCCCCGAGACACCUCGACCAACAUGCACGAGCUUCGCUUCACCAACACAAGCAUCAAGUUCACGCUCAAAAACCUCUACAGAGUCUCCAGAGCACUUUUUCCUCCAGAUCCAAUGGUAAUGAAGGCCAUGUGUAAACAGGGAUACACGGAUGCGCUGCAUUUUUUAAAGAGAAAUGGAUUGCUUAAUCUCCAUCGAAUUUAUACAGACAGACCACUACUAGCUAACAAAGAAGAAAAUGAGGAAGUCAGUGAAGAGGAGGACGCAAAUAAAAGUGAAGACAAAGAAAAGUCACAGGUGGAAGAGACAGCAUUGGAGGUUUAUGCCUGCGCCUCAUUCGACGAGCAGAUCACUGAUUACCUUCCUCCCGCUCUGUCCAAAGCUCUGGUCGAGGCCUGCAUGGAGAGGAGGAGCCUGGCGCAGUCGCUAAGCAACCUGCUUCCUGUCAGGAUGGCCACAGCCAUGAUGCUUCCCUACACUCUCACCCUGGAGUCUGCUAUGUCCUUGACUCUCAGACUUUUGGAGUGGCUGCCAGAUGUGCAGGAAGAUGUGGUGUGGAUUCAAGAACAGUUAUUGAAAAUCCUACAGUGUUUUCUUCGCCAGACCUCCAGAAGCUUGUCCCGCAGUGUAUCUGCCAGGUUGUUCUGCCAACUGGAGCUGCACCACUACAAGUCCAUCCCAUCCCACUUCAGCUCCCCAAGCCUUUUUCCCACUUGGGUGAAUGGGAGGAGCUCUUCAGUCCAGGAUGUCUUCAUGCGUCUGGAAAACUACAAGAGGCAGCUGCUUUCAGAUGUGCUCUGUAUCAACAUGGAUCUGCAAGGCUCCUUCAAAACUGGAAUGAUGUCGCCAGAUAACAGCUCUGCUUCUGACCUUUCCUCUGACCUUUCCUCUGAAGGUCUCACGAUGCACACAGGUUAUCUUAAUGUUCCAAAUGAUGCUAACUCUGGAAACUACCAGUAGCUCCUAAGAGUGCUGAUAGAGAGACAUCAUCAAAUCAGAUUUAAAGAUCUGUCUUCUCCCUCAUGUUAAGGUAUUUUCAGCUGAAAGAAGAUAUUUCUAAUAUGAUCGUCCCCAUUUUCUAAUGGUUGGAAAUUUUAAUUGUUUGACAUAUUUACACUUAACUGUGUAUUAAAUGCCUUUGGACCAGUGCAUGAUGCUGAACUGAGGUUUUUGCUCAACUAUCGUAAGCCCAUACACAUAUCAUGAUCGUCUGUCUACAGAAGUGCAUUUAAACUUAUCACAUGUGCUCAGUCAUGUACAGACUUGAAUUACAGGAUGUUGGAAACAAAAAAUGUUCAGUUGAGGUUGCACGGUUAAAAUAGGUGAGUGUUUAUGUUUUUGGUGGAGUGCUGUCAGACCAGUAGUUAAUCAGAGUUUUCCUUCUGUAUCCAGUCAUGAGCUUUAAGUAACUUUUGCUACACAGAGGGCAAAACGACUGAUGAACCAGUCUGUUUAGUACACGUAGCUACUCCAUUUAUGUGAUGCAAGUGUCAAUGCAUAGUGUGUUUCUUGGUUCGUUUUAAUGGCAAUGCUUUAUGUAUUAACAAUUAUUUAUAUGAAAAAUACAAAAGUGCUUUGCUUUUUCCAAAUCACGUAUAUAUUUUUUGAUCAUCUUGAUUUAUUUAGAUGUAAGUUGAAGCCUUUUAUAAAUGAUUUUAAAUAUGUAGCAUUGAAUGUUGAUAGAUUUGAUUUGUUGCUACAUGUUUAGUGCAUAUGUAGUAAAUCAAAAAUGUGAUUUUUGUUUUUUGAUUAAGUCCCAUUAAUCUGACUGUGCCUUUUGUUUCUAGGUUACAACCUACUUGUUAAAAUUCUUCUUGCACUGUGUGCUGCAUCUUUAACUGUGUGAUCUACUCCCAUGCUGUGCCUUAACCUUCAAUGAAAUAAUUGCAAAAUGAGUGCCAAAUGAUGUAAAAAUGUUUCAGAGAAAAAUAUUUAUGUUAUUGUGAAAUAAAGUGAUAAUGGUCAAUA